UGUUAUGAAUGACCAUCUUCAGCCCUUCUCUGCACUGCCACAUUCUAGUGUUUGAGGAACUCUCCCUGAUCUGCCUGUAGUUGCUAGGGGAAGUGACGUCAGCUGCGAAUGACAGCUUUCACGGUGAAGGAAGAAAUCCGACAGCGGAGUGAAGCUGCGUACGAUCGAGGACAAGUCCAUCAACAAAAUCCGUCUUCAUCCUUCUUCUGACAGCCAGUAAUGACUUCAAAAUUACCAGGGACAUAAAGUGCGCGUUUCACACUCUCGGAUGAUAUAGAUAUUACCGACCUUCGUUUCUCGGAGAAGUAGAAAAGGGAUGGUGAAAAGUGUAUUGUUGCAGAAGAAGAGGGAUUCCGGGGGCCGGGGGACUGAGAACUAAAGGAGGGGGGGGUCUGUGAAGCUGUUGAGGACGGUAGAUUUCUUUAUUACCGGGGUGACAGAAACAAACGGUAAGAAGUCGAUCGUUUCACGGAAGAGGAACGUUAAUUUAACGAUUCUAACGACGCAACAGACGGUUAGAUAACGUUAACGUGAACAUGGAGCUGAGAGUGGGGAACAGAUACAGACUGGGGAGGAAGAUCGGGAGUGGAUCCUUCGGGGACAUAUAUUUAGGCACGGAUAUCUCAGUCGGUGAGGAGGUUGCCAUUAAGCUGGAAUGCGUGAAGACGAAACACCCCCAGCUCCACAUCGAGAGCAAGAUCUACAAGAUGAUGCAAGGAGGAGUUGGUAUCCCGACAAUAAAGUGGUGUGGAGCAGAGGGGGACUACAAUGUUAUGGUGAUGGAGCUGCUGGGACCCAGCCUGGAGGAUCUCUUCAACUUCUGCUCCCGCAAGUUCAGCCUGAAGACGGUCCUGCUGCUCGCAGAUCAGAUGAUCAGUCGCAUCGAGUACAUCCACUCCAAGAACUUCAUCCACAGAGAUGUGAAGCCUGAUAACUUCCUGAUGGGACUGGGCAAAAAGGGCAACCUCGUAUACAUCAUUGACUUCGGACUGGCCAAGAAGUAUCGAGACGCUCGCACACACCAGCACAUCCCGUACCGCGAGAACAAGAACCUGACCGGCACAGCCCGCUACGCCUCCAUCAACACACAUCUGGGGAUCGAGCAGUCCAGGCGUGAUGACCUGGAGUCUUUGGGAUACGUUCUCAUGUAUUUCAACCUGGGCUCUCUGCCUUGGCAAGGCCUGAAGGCUGCCACCAAGAGGCAGAAGUAUGAACGCAUCAGUGAGAAGAAAAUGUCCACCCCCAUUGAGGUGCUCUGCAAGGGAUACCCCUCUGAGUUUGCCACGUACCUGAACUUUUGUCGCUCCCUGCGUUUCGAUGACAAGCCAGACUACUCGUACCUGCGGCAGCUCUUCAGGAACUUGUUCCACAGACAAGGCUUCUCUUAUGACUACGUGUUCGACUGGAAUAUGCUGAAGUUUGGGGCCAACCGUGCAGCAGAGGAUGCAGAGAGGGAGCGCAGAGACCGGGAGGACCGGCUGAGACAUGGCAGGAACCCGGGGGCCAGAGGAAUGCCUGCAGCAUCAGGACGACCACGAGGAACACAAGAUGGAGCCCCACCAACCCCGCUAACACCCACCUCACACACAGCGAACACGUCUCCUCGACAAGUGUCCGGUAUGGAGCGUGAGCGAAAGGUCAGCAUGCGACUGCACCGCGGUGCUCCCGUCAACGUGUCCUCCUCAGACCUGACGGGACGGCAGGACACGUCCCGCAUGUCCACCUCACAGAUGGUGUCCGGUGUACCGCCUGCUGGUCUUCAUCUUCUCGCUCCUCGAUGAGCCCCCACAAUGCAACUGGGCAGACAAAGGCCUGAAGCAAUCUGACAUACUAAUACAACCACCACCACUCUGAGUAACUACAGCUGUCAUUGGACGCCAGCUUCAGACGCGGCAUAAACUGCUCUCUGACUUCCUCCCCCCUCUCUGUCUCUCUGUCCCUCUCUCCUCCUGUUCCUGUGCGUCGGUCUGACCUCCCGAAACAUUGAAGGAUGUCGGACCUCGGAGCUGUCCACUUUUUCAGGACACACUUGCACAACCCUCCACAUGCUUUGUCCAGGACGAACAUGGCGGCCUGAUGGUCUUUUCAAGAACAAUGACUGAUGAAAAACAAUUACAGGCUCCUCUGCCCUUUUUUUGAAACUUUCCACACUCACUGUCCGCUACAAACAUCUUUUUUUUUUCUUGUUCUUCUUCUCUUUUUUUUGCAGUAAGGUGUAACCAGCAGCUCUUCAUUGUGUAUAUAUGUGUAUGGGUAGUUUUUGAGGUGUGACGCUUUCAUUGGUAUUUGCAGUUUUCAUUCCCUCCUCCCACAGUACCAGCCACUUCUCCUGUUUUCUGUUUCUCCUUUUUGAAAUAACCACCACUGAUGGCUCUCGUCAGUCGCUCUAUAGCCAUUUGUAUUAAAUAAAAGAAAGUACUUCUUUGCAUGUUUAAGAGGUGAGCCUCCAGAGUCAGGCGUGGAGGCUCGAGCCAGAUUGAACCCAUCAAACGUACCAAACACGCGCUUUGGUAUCUCGGGUGCAGAAAGGUUGCGUGCUCACUCGUUAGUCGACGAGAUGUUUGUCUGUGCGGCUCCAGAUGCGCUCUGGUGUUCUUUUCCGAUGAGCCCUGCCCCCUUUUUCAGUGUUCGGUACAAAGAAGUGCACUUUAUGAGGGGGUGAGGGGGUCAUGUGACCAGAUUUCAAUUCACCGUGUACAGAUAAAGAUUCAAAAUUUUCUUACUGGUAUUAUUUGGAAGCUGUGAAUUAACUUGUAAUAUUGAUGUGUAAAUGUUUUCUCAUAGUUUCUGUUUCACUGAUCUGUAGGGAUGAAGUCUGAGCUUGGUCCAAACCAGCCUGCUGCAGGUCUGGGCUGCCCCCCUGUAGUGUAUUUGCCUCCUGUCAGCCCGUAGAGCUGUAGAGAUGUAACAAACAGCAGAGAUGUUGCACUGAAUGUGAGAGAGGUUUUGUACAACAUGCUGUCCUGCUCCUGCUCUCUCUGUGUGUGAGAGGUUCAGAGUUUCUGUAUCAACAGGAAGUGGUCUUGUUGUUGAUCACAGAGAAGUAGACCCUCGUCCCUCCCGGGCUUCUUCAGCAGCAUCUUUUCUGGGGUUUUUAUAUCUGACUCGACUCGUCUGACGCUUAUACUAACCCUCUAUCCUGUCAGAACGUAACAGCCCUGUUGUAAUUCAUUCUGGCUGCUGCGCAUACUCUAAAUAGUUUUUGAUUUUGACCUUUGACCUCUUUGGUCAGACACUCUACACCUAUUGAAUUAUGUAAGCAACCAGAUCAGCAAGAUUUACUUUCUCACAUUUAUAUUUGCCACUGUAUUUGUGUACUUAAAGUGUAAAUAAAUGAAUUACUUGUA